AUGGCAAUAGAACAAAAAAGAUUUCGCGUGCUUUCACUAAAUCUUUGGGUAUCGGCUGUUCAUGUUGAAAAUGGAUUGGAAAAAGUGGCAAAACAUAUUGAUAUUCUUGAGCCGGAUAUCAUCGCUUUACAGGAAGUGAUGAAUGACACAACUGUUCCUGAAAUCAUUCAAUUAUUGAAAGAGCCAAACAAAUGGAAAUAUGCACACACAGAAGAUAGUGCAAGUACAGCCAUCAUAUCGAAAUAUCCGAUUGAUGAGAAAUCAAUUUCUACAACUGGUUAUUCAAUCCAUGCCACCAUCCAGUUAAACGAUGGGAUUUCUCUCGAAUUUUGGUCCGUUCACACUCAAUAUGUAGCCUACGGUCCACAUGCUGCAUACAAUCGAAUGGUGACUGAUGUGAAACAAAUUUUGGAAGGGGAAAACUCGCCUCCUGGACAAGGUAGAGUGCAAAAUGUGAAUGAGAUUCUCGAGUCAAAGGAGAUGUUAAAGGCCAAGCACAAAGUCGAUACAACACCAAUCAUCAUUGCUGGUGAUUUUAAUUCGCCAAGUCACCUAGAUUGGACCCAUAAAACAAGUGAUUUGCAUCACAGCUGGGUAAUUGAAUGGCCGUCAACAAGCCUUCUUGAACAAGCCGGUUUCAACGAUUCCUACAGAGUUGUUCAUCCCGAUGUGCUUACUAAUCCUGGUCACACUUGGUCGACAUGUCAUAAAUCGAAUGGCGAAUGGAAUUAUGCGAUUCCUGAACCACAAGACCGAAUCGAUUUUAUUUUCUAUCAAGGACCGUUAAAACCAUUGAGCUCAUCUCCAUAUGCGGGAACUGAGCCACUUCAUCCGAUUCCAAAUCAUUGUGACAACGAUUGGCCAUCGGAUCAUUAUGCUCUUGUUACCGAUUUCUCUUUUAAUAUUCCCAAUUUUCGCUCUCGCCUU